GUAAGUACUACUCUCCCUCUGGAACUUCUAAAUUUUCAACUAAAGUAAAAAAUAAGAUUUUCUGAGAUAAGUCGAAAAGAAGCAGGAGAUAAAUGGCCAGUCGGCAGGUGCACAAGCUGAGACUCGACAAGUAUGUGUUCAUGAAGGAGUUCCUCACCAGGGAGUGGCUGGUCACAGACUCUGAACGCAAUAACGUCGACACAAGAGACAACGCUUCCAUCGACGCAGUCUGGGAUUCGUUCCAGCAUUUUCUCGAAGUAAAUGGCUAUUCUCCUGAUUUUUGCAGCAAAAUACUGCUGGGCAAGCUCCUUCGCGAGGCUGGAGUCGAGAAGGUUAAGCGAGGCCCGAGAAAACAACAAAAAUUCUACUACUAUCCUCUGAGACCGGCUGCUGGAUCCAAGGCAUACGAGAUAGUGGCUAAUAGCGUGGAGGCGAGACAUGAUGCCUCUGUUUCGUUGCGACGUCGCAAGAAAGUCAUGCCUGAGUAUUUCACUAUCCGCUCGGGGAGUCUCGGCCAUGUGUCCGUUGGAGUGCUUCACGACCGUGCUAUAAGCCCUGAAAAGUAUGAAACUAAGGUAUUAAGAAGAAGCCUUCUUCGUAAAGCAGCAUUGUCCGUUAAAGAUAAGGAAGGAAAACAAGUUGACGAUUAUUGUAACCAGGCAUCUACGAGCCAAAAUUACAGCCGUCGGGUUAUUAACAAAGUGGAGACUUUCACGCAUCACUAUUCAGCUGAUGAGAAUGACCUACGCCAGCAAAGGAACAACAGCUACCACAAGGGUCACGAUUGGUCACCAAGUAACUAUUCACGGGAAGCUAACUUGGACGAGAGUCCUCCUGCAGAUGACUCGAUGAAUCUCAGUGCCCUUGUGGCGCAAUCUCUCUCCCGACUUUACGACACUGAGCCUGGGGAGUCGUGCUUGUCAAAUGCAAAUUCCGGACUGACCAACGGGCAGGAGUUCUAUGAAUCGAGCGCACAAGCAGAAAUUAUCCAAUUGCAGAAGCUUUUUUGUGUAACUGAGCCGGAACGUAACGAAGAAAUUCAAAAUUAUGAUUCAUCAAACACAAGCCCUGAUGUUCCUAUUGCCAGUCUACCUCACAGACCAAGAAUGUACUCUAAGAAGUGGCAGCGAGGCAGAAAAGGACCAAAUGCCGCACAGAUCAUUUCGCAAGAACAAUUCAACGAAAUAAUCAGACAAGAAGUCAUGAUCAGGAAAAUGCAGUCAAGAGGUCGCGCUUUCGAAUCUGAUUUACCUCAACGCAUCGGAAAUCGGAAUAGACGUCUCAAAGUAGAAGCCAAACCGCAACGCAAGCAUGGGCAAAAACCUACUUAUUUCGAUGGUAAACAAAAUAAGCGAGAAACCAAGAAACACAAAACGGCUAAGAUCAAACAAGUCAGCAACCCGCAGUUUCUCUCGACUGGAGAAAGUUCCGUGAAUAUCAAUACCCCAAUAAAGGUAGAAGCAAAUUGGGAAACACCAGUGGCUUUUAAACGGCCUCGAGGACGCCCAAAAGGGUCAAAAAACAAGAAGAAAAAAACAUGUGAAGCCGGAAAAGCAGAAGAGAAAGCCGAAGAGAUUUAUAAAAAGAAACCAAAACAAGUGAAACGACCUUCAAAAUCAGGCUUCAAGCAUACGAAGGGAACGAUCGGCGUUCGAUCAGACUUGAAUGUGGCCUCGUCAAUCCAUCCCAUCGAUGUUCCGGAGAUGAAUCGAAACGAUAAUUGGGAUGACGAUGAAUUGCGGCCCAUGCACACAGCUUGUGGCAGAUCGCUUGCUAAAAGUCUGAUCGACUUAGAAAGAUUCUACGAGACGGAAGGCUACUCGUGCUAUGGACCAAGUUACACGUAUAACAGUAUCGACCAGCCGCCGCUGCAACAGAACGAAGACAGUCUUGUGGAUUCCCUCUACGAGUCUCCCAUGCCGCCACAGUCGACUUAUGUGCCGUCGGUAAGUUCAGAAGCUGGCGGUUACUUAGAACAGCCGCGGGAUUUCGUAGAAAUGCGUUGCAUGAAUCCUCACGCUUGGAAAGUUGCUGCGGAUUCCGAGUAAUCGAAAUCCGCUACAUGUGGAUUCUCGUCCUUUUUUACGAUGCAUAAAAAGUUAAUUUCGUUGAGACAGCAUCACUAAGUAACUUAGUUUUCUCCAUGUAGCUUUCGAACGAUACUGUUGCUAGCCUUAUACCUUAUUAAUAAUGCCCAUUCAAGCGACAUUUACAGGAAAGAAAAUGCCCUGAGCGGAGUUGUAUGUGAAAGGAAAAUAUUAUAUCGUGUGUAUGAUCUUCAAAUGACAGUCUCAGUGUCGCAGUAUUGUAUAGCUACUAAGAUCGCUAUUAUCAAUGUAAGAGGCAAUCGUGAAAAUGUGCCCUGCCUCAACACAUGGUUGAAGAGGGAAAUUUCUGUAAGCUUGAUUUUUCCAAGUUCUGUGUGGACUAAGUCAUUAUUUGCCGUUUUAUUGUUCGUUUUCUUUUCUGUAAUAGACUUAUUUUCAUGUUAACAGUAUUGUCAGAGCACGCAUUUUGUAUACGCUGCUAAUGAUAAUAUUUUUUGGAGAGCAUAAUAUAUUAAAUUAAGAGUACGAAGUUUACUCUCAUGGCACCGGGGAACGCAUUUCUGAUUUAGCGCGGUAUUACAUUUAAAAGAAGGAACUAUUGUUGUUGUCGCGGAUAUGAUGAGUAGUCAGAGCAGAAGGUAAUGAUCUUAUUCUGUGAUAUUAAAUAUA